CCCUUGGCGGUCAGUGACAGGUGUCUUUCCGCUCGAGCUGCAAGUCCAAACUUCUGGCCUUCUCCGCGCCAGCUGCCACUCUCCUCGUUUCCGGGUAACAUGGCACUGCCGUGGUGGUUUGUAGCUGAACUGCUCUUGUACACUGUGACUUUCGUCUGCGGGAUAAUUACGGCUUCCUCUGUCACUAUAACACAGGGGCAUUUUAAUGGUCGAUGUAUGCUGUAUGGUAGUGUGAAGUUCAAUAGUACCAGCGAGGAGUUCACCGUUGAGAGCUCUCAAAAUGUGUCCUUGUGCUACUUUGUCUCUGCCAUCUCCAUCUUCAUUGCCAUCUACUGCUUCUCCAUAGUACUGUACUGGAUUUAUAGCAGCUGCAUGGAUGAAGUCAAACGAGGAAAGAGAUGGUUGAUGAUAUCUCUGGUGAUUGGAGCUGCAGCCCUGUUCUUUCUCCUCAUCUCAGGGUGUGUCCUAAAUGUAGGACUCAAAACAUUAUGUGACAGUGUGUUGAAAGAUCCCAAAUUAAAGAGCUGUCAAGAGGCAGAAGCCAAGAAAUGGAGUAAUCCUUAUCAAGGAUCACAGUUCUAUACAAGUCUUCAUAAUGCAGAGGUGGCAGCAUGGGUGAACUUCUUCCUUUGGGUGACUACAAUGGUUCUACUGGUAAUUCAGAAAAAGAAAGGCUCUGAAUUUACACCUUUGUCUGCUUCUGACCCAGAAUGGAGUACAUCUGAAACAGACCCCAUUUUUCACCGUUCUACAAGGUCUAAGUGAGACAAAAUAGAGGCCAGCUUCUUACUUUUAAAGUUUACUUAGUUGAGUCAAAGGUGGCCUUUGGCUUCAAGGAAGAUUGCAUUACACAGACUGAUUAACUGGUUCUUGGUUCUGUCAUUUUUUUCUAAAUUGCUUCACUCUAUUGCCACAUUUCUGUCUUUUGUUUCUUUUGCCUAAAAUGGUGUUUCUUAUCUUCAGCUGUUUUGGAGCAGAUAAAACGAUUACAGUUUGGUAAGUGAGUUCUUUCCUUCUGUGUUUUCUCCAUUGGCUGUUAAACAGCUGUCAUUUUUUUUCUUUCUCCAAACAAGAUUCCAGAAAAAUGCAACAGAUACCAAGUUGCCAAUUUUCCCCAUAGAAUGGGUAGAGUAAGAAUACAACUGCCAACUUGAUUUACAGAAUAGUUGGAGGUAGAAUGCAGCCACACAUCUGACCUAGAAAUUACAUUUUUUUCUGCAUGAAAAUAACAUUUUUGAAUAACUAUAGUGCCUUAAAAACAGAAGUGCCAAGAAACUGUGCCUAUAAAAUAUGCCAUGUAAUGUUUGGGCUGCCUCAUUCAGUACAAUGAUAAAAAAUUAGAUUUUGUGGAUAUUAAAAACAUUUUAGUUAAAUGGUAGCUUCAGCUUGUUGCAUCAUCUCUUAAUAUUUAGAGCUGCGUGUUUAAGUAAACUUGGCCUGCACCAUGGAGCUUCUUCUGCAGCAAAGCCAACACUCGGCUCCUACUAAUGAAGAUGAGUUUUGUCUCAUACUGCUAAAUCAGUAGAACAAGCAAUACUCACUGAAUUGUGCCUACUUACUUGGUAGGCAUUUGUUACUACUUGUUAAGAAGAGUUGCCUUAAAAAAUAAACAGUCUCAGUUUAAACAUAGUGAGUAUGUUUUAUGCAUUGGUCACAAGAACACAAACAUGAAGUGUGUAGUUUUUCUGUUUGCAUGAUUAUAAAUUGGAAGGGUUUUGAAAGAUUUUUUUAUUAUGUAUUCAGUAUAAUUUUGCCACAAAGUGUCAACAAUAGCAACUUCAGUUAGUUAUCUGAAUGUUACAUAUCCUGCAGUUCUGUUGCCUGUAAACUGUCUGGAACAUAUGCUGACAAACAGCAUGGAAGUAUCUGUAGCCCAUUUUUUUAAACAUCUUCGCUUUGCUGUGAUCACUGGGUGCUUUUAAAUAUUAGCCACAGAUCCUUACGUCUCUUUGACACUGCGUGCCGAUGUUUUAUGGGUGGAUGACUUAGUGAGCUGAGCUGCCUUUUUGGUUUAUAAAGUCCUUCAUGCUAGAAGGAUCAUGAACCUCACGUGUGAAAAGGAUCACCUCUCGUCUUCACGGAGUCAAGUAUUUGACAUUCACACUGAGUAUCAUCAAUUCCCGAAAACUAUGCCUUUUUUGUUUGUUAGUGCAAUAUUAAUAUUAUUUAUGUAUUUUUAUUUUCUGGUAUAGAGCAACAUGCAGGCAAAACCUAAAGCCUUUGGCAAAAACUUUAUUAAAAUCCUUGGCGUUAAUUGUCUUUAUAGUGCUUUUUUAUGUAUUUGUUAUGAUGCACUUCUGUAAACUAAUUUCACUUUAGCUACUUCUUUAGCAGGUGGUAUGGAAUGUCAUUGUGCAAUCUUUGCCAUGCCAACAAUUCUCAUUUCAAGGUCUUCUUAUGGGUGGGUGUGUGAUAUGGACAUCUAGAAAGGAAGCUACAAUGUCCUAUGUUUCCAUUUCAGAAACAGUCACCACUUCGAGGUGCAGGUAGAAACAUCAAGGCCAUCUGCUUUGGCUGCUGUAAAGAAUAAGCAAAAAAAAAAAACAGUUUAUAAGACUUGAAAAAUAUGAUUCAAGGAAAAUGAGUGAUUUACUUUUGUGUUUGUGGAGAUGAGCCAUGGAAGUGAAAAUCACCCAAAUGUUCCUUUUUUGUAUUAUUGUGAACAGUAUGCCAAUUUUUCUCGUGUAUGUUUUUAAUAUUACAGAUGUAUAAUAACUGAUAUGAAACUAAAUUUAUAUACCAAUAUAUUGUAAAACAAAUAAAACCCUCUAAAUGUUAUGUCUAGUGAAUAGCAUAGUUGUCUGUCACACCUACAAACCUGGUGUGUCAUGUCCAUAGCUGUAGUAUUGCCUAAUAAUUACCUUGUCUUUUUUGAGAUUUGCCUGUCAUUAAAUUAAAUUAGAUCAUUCUAUUUAUUUAA